CGGACGCGAGAUGUAACCUGAACCCUCUUUCAGUGAGUGGUUUCUGUGGAAGGUCCUACCCCUCUUACGCGCACUCCAGUCGAUUCCUGCUAAUCGAUAAGGUAUUUCCGAUAAUUGAAUCGAAAGAUCUACAAUUUGGCAAUUCACGUAUUUUCGUGUUGGAGCAGAUAUGAAACGGGACAUACACUUUUGUUUGAAGAUGGAAUGAGACGUGAACAUGGGCAGUUUUACUGUGGCGCGCGCUAUUAUUGUCCGGCUUCUUUUUGCCUGUCACGGACUGGUUUCAAUAUGGCUGCUGUACCAGGUGACGCAAGAGCCUCGCUUCUGGUACCUAGCUGCGUCAUUCGGGUUUCUUCUGGUUGAGACCACAGUGACCCUGGUGAGAAAGCAGGGAAAGGAAUGGAAGUGGUUUUGUCCAAGUGUUCUGAUAUAUUUAACAAUGACGGUUCCCGCCAUUUGGUUUUUGGAACUGCACGAGCUGGAAAAACGCAUCGACCACCGCCAAUCCACUAGCUUCAACCUUAGCAACAUGAGUCUGAUCGAAAUCCAUAACGAAACCUUCGACUUGUCCGCACAUCUGGGCAGUGUGUUGGGGGUUAAAUUUGAGAUUCGAUUACCGAUCAAUUUGAGUCCGGAUGAGUGGAUCCGCACCCUGGAACAACUGCUGCUGCUGUUACUCAUUCUGGGUCGAUGGAUGUUGCCGAAAGGGAAACUGACACACGACCAGUUGUCGCAGUUACUGCUGGUCUAUAUAGGAACGGCCGCAGACAUCGUGGAAUUCUUCGAGGCCUUUAAAGAAGACGAGGUGCGGUUUAACAAAAUACUAUGCAUUUGCAUCUUGGGACUGUGGAGCCUCAGUUUGAUCCAGUUUACCCUCGUUCUCACUGCAGCACGUGCAAGACGUGACCAAUCCGGCCUCGUUACCCGCCACUACAACGUCAAACAGGGGAAACACGGAUGCUGCGCAGCAGACGUCUAUGGAAUACUCAUCUCAAUCCUUCUUCAAGAUUUACCAUUCUUGGUUCUGCGGAUUUUGUUGAUUUUUAAAUUCAACGUCCUCAGUUAUACGAACAUGUUUUUCACCUCCAAGAACACUUUAGUCAUACUGUUGUUGUUAUAUCGACUCGUGGUCGUUUUCUUGGAGCGCCGCUCCGAGGACAGACAGCAAAAGUACAACAAUCUAAAGUCGAAAUCGGAUCAUUCCCGACCCGUAAUGUCCUCCAAGUAUAACGGCCCCGGUAUACCUCGUUCUAAACCCUGCAGUGGGAACGUCACAACGGGAGAAAAAGCCAAUCUUGUCCAAAGGGACGUAUGUUUGGACGUACAACCCUCUCUGUACAAGUUAAAUCAAGACAAAAUACUGAGCCGAGAGAAAAAUUUAGAUAGUCGUUUCUGAAGAGGGGAUUAUACAACAUCGUCAUUUUCAUGAAUGUAUACAGAUCAUCGUCGUUAAAAAUGUUUAAAUAGGGAAUAGUUUAUUUUUUGUGUCCCGUAGAAAUAUUACAUCGUAAUCAUGAAUAUAGCAUCUGCCUAUUUGCUAUGUGUGAAGAGGUUCUAUAUAUGUACGUUACGCAUGUCACAAAAAACCUUUCGAAAACUGUUGAAAUCAAAAGGAAGGAAAAAUGUUGGCAAUUGUCACAAAAGAGUUUCAUGACAAUCACUUGUAAAGGGUAACUGAAUACUAGCAACGUGUGUCAAUGUGAUGUCAUAUCCGGGAAACAGAAAUUCGGAGGGGUCCUCAAAUAAAGCAAUAGCUCUUUAUCAAAAUUUGACCCAUCGCACAGCAAUUAAACUCCCAGUUACAAGGGAUCAUACAAGAGUAUGAGUAACAUAUUCUAACAAAUACGAGGAUUGUUCAGCAACAGCAGAUUUGCAAAAGAAAUGACAACUGGCAAUGUGUGAUGAAAUCCUAAACUGAAUCAUUGUACAGGAACUGUUGACGUGUAAUUAUCAAUUCAAUGUUUUUUCGUUAUUUUUCCGAGAUAUCUAUGAUAGUACAUGUAAAUGUAGUACGUCUAGUUUAAAACUGGUUCACUGAGUUACCGUAUAUACUCGCCUAUAAGUCGGAUUUUUUGGGAGUAGAAAAUUGAGUGAAAAGUGGGGGUCCGACUUAUAGGUGAGACAUAGUAAA